UUGUCGCGGAGGGGGGCGGGGGCAGGACAGCACCGCAACUGCAGUCAUCAUUGGACCACGUUGGCUGGCGGUGGGAAAUUUUAAAAAAAGAUCCGUCGAGCGGAGAGAAAAAGAAAAAAACACGAAGGAAAAAGAAACGAAAAUGAGAUGAAGGGGGUGUGUAUACGGAGUACGGAGUACAGAGUAGUAGAGAGUAGAGUUAGGAGAGAGUGUGGUUGGAAAAGACCGACUCAAAAAGGAAGGAAGAGGCUCUGCUGGACGACACCGGUACUUUGUAUAAUUCUGGAUCUUUUCUACAAAUUACCUUCUGUCGCGUCUCUUUUUAUUUAUUUUUGCUCUUCUCAGCGAGGCGCAUCCAUUUGCUUUCUGUCAUAUAAUCCGACUCUUCCCUCUUUGUCUCCGUCUCUUUCUACUAUCGUUCCUUGGCCCUCAUUCGUUUGCUACCUUGACCUAUAUAACACGGACUCAUAUAACGCUGUCUAUUGAUCAAAUCCUCUGUUUGCCUGGGUCCCUGCCUGUUUGUAAUAGCCGCUGGCUCGUGCUAGGUUCCUGAUUCGGCCUUGCACCUGGUCGU